AUGGCUUUACACAUAUAUACAAGAACUUCUUUUCUGGUAUUGCUCACUUAUUACGUGACUUGGUACAUGUUCAUUUCAUCGAAAAUACUGUUGAAGGCGACGCUGCUGUUGGCGCUUCUCGUGGUCCAGCGCGCCCAGGCCAAUGCGGACGAAUCGACGACGACAACGACGACGACGUCGAGCGCGACCUCGACAGUCCCGUUGGCCGCGACCACCCUCGGAACACUUUUCCGGCAGGCUCGAUCGGAGCACAUCUUCGCAGGGAACAUUUACGAGGACGAGGCACAAGCUCAAGUGGCAGUAGUCAGAAGGAGUGAACCCCUUGAGCAACGCGACUCUGCUUACUAUGAGUCGAGGUGCAUCACCUGCGACCCUGGGAAGAGCGCCGUCGCACCUGCCGACCGCGACUCUUACCAGGCAAGAUGGAGACAGCGAAACAAAUACGAUUAUUACGAUGAUGAGAUAGAUGAUCGCAGGUACAGGGAUCGAUACGAACCAUAUUACGAUCGUACCAGAGCUCCAGUUUACGAUUACGAUCGCUACGACAAUUACGGAAGAAACGAACUUUUCAGACCAUCCAUAUACAAUGACAGAUACGAACCAUACGAGCGCGAACGUUUCUACGGGCGUCCGAGCGAGCGACCGAGUGACCGCCCGAUCGAUCGUCCCCUCAUCGAACGACCCCUCGAUCGUCCCCUGGAGCGCCCGGUUGAGCGACCCCUAGCUGAGCGCCCCUACGACCGGAGCUACGAGCGAGGCAACGGCUACGAUAACUUGGACGGACGCUACUCGUACGAUGAGCGCUACGGACCCUCCAGGAGGCCCUCCUACGAGGAUUACGGACCCACCCGCUACGACCGCUACAACGGCAAUCGAAACUACGGACGCUACGACUCUCGCUACGAUCGCUACGAUCCCUACGAGAGAUUCGGAUACAGAAGACCGACAACUUACGACGACAGAUACGAAAAGUAUGGCGGUGGCGGAAGCGGUGGAAGACCAAUUUCAGAUUCCCGAGGAUACUAUGGCUCGAGUUUGCCGAUACCAGGAGUCGCCGAUAGACCGGCUUACGCCAGUGCCUGGAAUUACGCUGGGAGUAGCCGCGAAAGUUGGAGAGACGUGAAUCGUGAUCGAGACCGAGAUCGUGAUCGCGACCGCGAUCGCGAUACUGGAUUCUAUCGUCCACGGGAUUACUUUUACGAUAGCACCGCAGCUCCUGGUGGCUCGCGAGGUACGAGUUACCUGUACGAUCGACCGGAGUCCUCCACGAAGCCGGACACCGAUCGCGACAAGCCGACCAUCUCAACCCAGAGCCAAGACGCUGGCAAGACUUACAAAGACUAGGAAGGACUUAAUAACCAACGUCUCUCUAGAUUUCAAGAGCUGGAUUAUUCACUCUUGCCGAGGUGCGGGGCCGUCUCAAAGUGGUUUGAAAUGGUCCACGUAAUGUCAAAUUAUCACGAGAGAUGAUUGAGCUAAUCAAUAUUAAUCUGUGAAAGAAAUGUCGAAUUUCUUAUGAGCUUGAGAGUUGCAGAAUCGGGAGAUAAUUGGAGAUGAUACAUGAAGCAAAUCUGCCUGAGUAAAUUUUCAGCGCCGACGCAUGAUAAGUUCACUUAGGGAGAUUUAAUUCUUAAUGUUGUAAUGAAAAUCCCUCUAUUUGGAAAUGAUUUUGCCCCGUGGAGCGAUUACUAUUACCUAUUUAUUUCGCAUUAUCGAGUAAUAAUAAAUUUCAAAAGAGUGAAUUUCUGCUUUGAGAAAUUUAGAGAGAUAAAGGCGGAUGGCGCGCAUUCGCUACUGGUAAGAGCGAUUUGUCGAGUCCAUUCGCAAUUGAUUAUCAAUGAUUGCUUCAAUUAUUAUACUCUGUACGUCAACGUCUUCGUUUCUCUAAUUAUUUAAAUGCGUAUUGUCUUCUCUUUAGAUUAGAAUCGAUGAGAUUUUAAGUACUGUUUGUUGUGUAUUUUUGCAGAAUAGUCUCAAACUUUGUAAAUAUACUUA